CAGAGGGCGCUAUAACAGGAAGGCUAGGCGUGUGCGCACCUGCCCUUGAGCCCGGAGCCCACCCACCAGAUCUCAGCUACUGGUGCAGCCUCUGCGGGAGAUCCCCGAGCAAUUAAGCAAGUGGGUCACAGGCCCUCGCCUGCUGCAUUCCCGAAGGGAUAGACAGCGUGCCCAACUUCGCCGGUGUCUGCCCGCAACCCCGCCUGGACCUUGGGUGGCCGACUCCCCGUCUCCAGGAGGAGGACUUCUCCACGUGUCCGCCCGAAAGUUGCACUCAACGGGAGCAGGAAAGGAGCAGACAUCUGUAUUUGCCAUGAUGCUCUCACCCGAUGACUUUGCAUCUGCUUCUUGGGAGCUCGUGGUCCGAGUUGACAAUCCAAAUGAGGAGCAGAAAGAAACCAAGCUGAGAGUGUCUGGAGACCUGCAUAUUGGGGGAGUGAUGCUCAAGUUAGUAGAACAUAUCAAGAUACAACGAGACUGGUCAGAUUUUGCUCUUUGGUGGGAACAGAAGCAUUGCUGGCUUCUGAAAACACACUGGACACUGGACAAAUAUGGUGUCCAGGCAGAUGCAAACCUUCUCUUUACCCCUCAGCACAAAAUGCUGCGCCUUCGCCUGCCAAAUGUAAAGACAGUGAGAUUACGAGUCAGCUUCUCAGCUGUGGUUUUCAAAGCUGUCAGUGACAUCUGCAGGACACUGAAUAUUAGAAGAUCAGAGGAACUUUCCUUACUAAAGCCUUCUGAGGACUAUUUUAAGAAGAAAAAGAAAAAAGACAAAAAUAAUAAGGAGCCCAUAAUUGAAGAAGUUUUAAACCUGGAGAAUUCUCCAACAGUUUCAGGUUCACCAGUAAGUCCUGGCUUAUACAGUAAAACCAUGAUGCCCACAUAUGACCCUAUCAAUGGAACUCCAGCAUCAUCCACCAUGACUUGGUUCAGUGACAGCCCUUUGACAGAACAAAACUGUAGAAUCCUGGCUUCCAGCCAACCCCCCCAGUCUCCAGAAGCACUUGCUGAAAUGUACCAACCUCGGUCUCUAGUUGACAAAGCCAAGCUGAACUCCGGCUGGCUAGACUCCUCGCGUUCCCUUAUGGAGCAAGGAAUCCAGGAGGAUGAGCAGCUUCUGUUACGAUUUAAAUACUACACUUUCUUUGACUUGAAUCCCAAAUAUGAUGCUGUUCGAAUAAACCAACUAUAUGAACAAGCACGGUGGGCCAUUCUUUUAGAAGAAAUUGACUGCACAGAAGAAGAAAUGUUGAUCUUUGCCGCACUGCAGUAUCACAUUAGCAAACUGUCAUUAUCAACUGACAUACAGGAUUUUACCAGUGAAUCUGAAGUGGAUGAAGUUGAAGCAGCUCUGUCUAAUUUGGAGGUGACCCUAGAAGGUGGAAAAGCAGAAAGCACUUUGGAGGACAUUACUGAUAUCCCUAAACUUGCAGAUUAUCUCAAAUUAUUUAGGCCAAAGAAGCUACUAUUAAAAGCUUUCAAGCAAUACUGGUUUGUCUUUAAAGACACAUCUAUAACCUACUUUAAAAAUAAGGAAGUUGAACAUGGAGAACCAGUAGAAAGACUAAAUCUUAGAGGCUGUGAAGUUGUGCCAGAUGUUAAUGUAUCGGGAAGAAAAUUUGGAAUCAAGUUACUGAUACCUGUUGCUGAUGGCAUGAAUGAAGUAUAUCUGAGAUGUGAAUAUGAACUUCAGUAUGCCAAGUGGAUGGCUGCCUGUGUCUUGGCAUCAAAAGGCAAAACCAUGGCAGACAGCUCCUACCAGCCAGAGGUCCAAACCCUCCUCUCAUUUCUAAGUAUGAAGAACCGGAACUCAAACUCUCAGGUGGCUUCAAGUCUCGAAAACCUGGACAUGAACCCAGAAUGUUUUGUGUCACCUCGGUGUGCAAAAAAGCACAAGUCUAAACAGCUGGCAGCACGGAUACUUGAAGCCCAUCAGAACGUGGCCCAGAUGCCCCUGAUUGAAGCCAAGCUGCGGUUCAUCCAGGCGUGGCAAUCUCUACCUGAAUUUGGUCUCACCUAUUACAUUGUCAGAUUUAAAGGAAGCAAGAAAGAUGACAUUUUGGGAGUCUCAUAUAAUAGACUCAUUAGAAUCGAUGCAGUCACUGGAAUUCCAGUUACAACAUGGAGAUUCGCAAACAUGAAACAGUGGAAUGUAAACUGGGAAAUCCGGCAGGUGGCGAUUGAGUUUGAUCAGAACGUGUCCAUUGCGUUCACCUGCCUAAGUGCGGAUUGCAAGGUUGUGCAUGAAUGCAUCGGAGGCUACAUUUUCCUGUCCACCCGCUCCAAGGGCCAGAAUGAAACACUGGAUGAGGAUCUCUUCCACAAGUUGACUGGCGGCCAGGAAUGAAGCAAAACCAGACCUUCUGGGCCUCUGUGCAGAGGACAAGCCAGAGGUAGCCUUUGUGGAUGGACAGGAUCUGUGACUUGACAGCAUGUAGAUACCAGACUAUGCUCACCACCUGUUACCCAGAUCCUCCCCUCCUUUCAAAACACUGCCUGGCCCACCCCUGUCUUUAUUUUGCCCUGUUCAACCCACAGCAGGAGGGGUUACCACUAGCUUUUCUCUGAAAUGGGUGGAUGGGAAACAGGCUGGAAUUCAAGGCUGGACUACAGGAUGUGUAGUCACCAUCCUGUGACUUGCAGGACCUGCCAAGUGUGUGACUGGAAGUUGUCCUUGUGCUUAUCUGCCUUACUGCUAAGUCAGUAGAUCGAAAGGUUAAAGAUGUAAGUAGCAAGGACGACUCCUAUUCCACAACCUUAAGCAUGUAAAGAAAAAUAUCUUCCUUUAACAUGGCAGACCUGCUGUGAGCUGCCAUGCUGUGUAAAUCAUAGUGGGUGCCAACAUGUAUACAUUCUUUUUCUGGGGUAGAGAGAGGAGUAAAGAAGUUACCCUAGGGGGUAGGGGUAGAUAGCAUAAUGGUUAUGCAGAAGAGACUCUCAUGCCUGAGACUCCAGAGUCCCAGAGUCAAUCCCCUAUACGACCAUAAAACAGAGCUGAGUAGUGCUCUGGUAAGGAAAAAAAAAAAAGAAUUACCUGAUGCCAUUUGGUGACGAGGGGUCAGAGCAGUGACCCUCAGUGUCAUCUUUGAUAGUAGCUUCUCUGUUCUUGGGCAUUGGUUCCCUCAGAUUACUGCCAUCACCCACAUUCCCAUUUCGUUCUCUGGGAAUUCUCAGUCAACUCUAAAGCCUUCUCAAAGGCAUGGGAAAAUCCAUGGGCAUGGUUUCCUCAGUUCAUGAAAGCCAGCUCCCAGCAUCAGCACUUCUAGGGUGCUCUCCAUCCUAACUGUGAGGGAAAGAAGCCAGAACAGGCAGGGCCUUUCUUCAAAGACCACCAAGCUCAAGGCCUAAGGAUCCGCCACUAGCUUUAGACUAUGGGGUUUGAAUGUGGGUGAUAGGGAAAAGCAUCUUUUAGAUCAACAGAGAGCUCAUGUGUGUGACACAGACCCAGCCCCCACAACACUAGGGGAAGCUUCUGUGCUGUGGCAUCUCCCCACACCUCUCCCCCAUUCCCUCUCCCUCUCUCUCUCUCCCUACUCCUACCACUACCACUACCCCCCCCCCAUUAUUUGGUUUGGGGGGUUAGAUAGAGCUAAAAGGGCAGAAAGAAAGCAUGAAAGAGGGAGCCGGGUGGUAGCGCAGUGGGUUAAGUGCAAGUGGCACAAAGUGCAGGGACUGGCGCAAAGUGCAGGGACUGCUGUAAGGAUCCCGGUUCGAGCACCCGGCUCCCCACCUGCAGGGGAGUCACUUCACAGGCAGUGAAGCAGGUCUGCAAGUGUCUAUCUUUCUCUCCCCUCUCUGUCUUCCCCUCCUUUCUCCAUUUCUCUCUGUCCUAUCCAACAACAACGACAAUAACAAUAAUAACUACAACAAUAAAACAACAAGGGCAACAAAAGGGAAUAAAUAAAUAAAUAUUUUUUUAAAAAAACUAAAAAAAAAAAGAAAGCAUGAAAGAAACCACAGCACUGAAACUUCCUUCAGUGUGGUAGAAGCUGAGUUCAAACCUGGUUCAUACACAUGGCAAAGCAACACACUUAAGUGAGCUAUUUUGUUAGCCCUCUCUAUCUUUAAAAAAAAAUGGCCCAGAGCAAUGACCAAAAAAAAAAAAGGAAAAAAAUUGUUAAUACUAAUCAAUGUUUUCUAGAAUUUGGUGUCUGUUUGUCUAACACCUAGUCUCUCCCCUGCAGCCCUUUGACUUUUGCCAGCCAAAAGCUAACAAUAGACCCUUUCUCUGCAUUCUGCAGUGACACCCAGCCUGGAGGCAUAAGUGUAGGCCAAAUAGCUGUUGCUUUUUCUGUUUGGGUUUUGGGUUUUGAGGAGGUAAAAAGCAGUACCAGAGUUAAGGGAAAUGUAAGGUAGUGUUUCAUUAAUAAAUAAAACAUUUAUGAGUAUUUUCCUGUUACACAAA